GAAGAGGCCCGGGCGCGGACUGGAGGGAGGUGACUGCUCUCACCUGCAGCCGCCAUAGACGGGAGGACGCACCUCAUAGGACAGUGCGCCUUAUGUCCAGCAGGAGGCGCUGCGUGAUACACAGUACUGCACUGCGUCUGCGCCAGCAGUAGCUUCAGUGCUGAGCAGUGUAGCGUCCGCGGCGCUGACAGGAGUAGUAGUGCUAUUGUAUGUGCUGACUCCGCAGCACUCCCUCAUGGCUGCCCCCAAGCUGCUGUGCCUCCCCCUGCUCGCCCUGCUGCUUGCCUACUGGUUCCGCCAUGUGGAGAAGGAUACCCCGCAGGACCGGUUAGACACCGUGCUGUCAUCUCUGCUGCAGGCGGAACAGAAAGUUGGUUUGGACGUGGAGCGCCCCCCUCGUGUAGCCAUUGGUAAUGGUGGGUGCCUCGAUAUAAUAGUAGAUUGGAGUGGCAAUAAUGCAGGAGGCGCCAUAGAGCCAAGCUACAACCCCGUCCACCACAACUUUAUAGAGACCGAGGUGCAGCUGGCCGAGAGCUUUGCCUACUUUUUUCCUCCAGGCGCUGCUUCAGAACGAUACGUGUCCAACAACACCUUGUUUAGGAAACUUUUAGAUGCGUCAAAAAGACUUUCAGAAAUGCGCUGGGCCCUUGGUGGGAAUGCCCCAGUUAUGGCUAAUCGCUUAGCUGCUGAAGGAUGUGAGGUCCUUCUUGGGGGCCGUCUGAGUACAGAAGAAAUUAGCGUGUUGUCCGACCGCAUCACAGUGGCUGGUGAGCCUAUAACAGAGGCUGACAUUCAUCUCAUAAUGGAAUAUCCAACUGGAUCUAAGGGAAAACACGUCUCGCGUCGUGCCAACAGGUACAUAGUGCACCGUGAUUCACACAACCCAAUGCUUGAUUCGGAAGAUUUUAAGUACCAACUGGAAGAUUUUAAGCCAGAUGUCCUUGUGAUUGGAGGGUUACAGAUGAUGGACAGUUUUCCCUUUAAACCAGGUCAGCGUGAGCCCGGCUUAAAAGCCCUUCAAGAUAUGCUAUUGUCUAUGGAUCAGAAGAUUGGGGCCACUUUUGAGAUGGCUUCUUUUGUGGAACAUGGUCUGAUGAAGGAUUUGCUAGAGUACAUCAUUCCUUACUCUGAUUCCUUGGGUAUGAAUGAACAGGAGCUUCAUUUGCUAAGUCUUAUUAAAGGAGGAAACAUUACAGUGUUAUCAGACCUACCUCGUGUGGCCUCUAUCCUGGACCAAAUGCGGGAGCUUUAUCAGCUACUCCGAUCCCAAGAACCAAAAAAGGGUCAGAGGCCACUGACCCGACUACAUGUCCACACUUUGGCUUUUCAAGCCAUGAUGGUGACCAAAGGAUCCAUGUGGAAAACAAUGUCUGCUACAGCAAAAGCAUCUCUGACAGCCAACAGGCCAUGUGUGUGGAUCUGCCGGAUUGACACACGCAAGGCCAAACUUAUCAUGGAUGACUCUUUCUCUGUCAGCCGUGAAGUGGGCAGUCCGAAGAUACCCUUCAAAGAAAGUCGCCCAGUGUCUUGUUGGGAAGAAGAGACUUAUGAGAUCUGUCUGGCACCUGUUUUGGUCUGUACUGAAGUAUUCCAAACUGCAGGUGGAGGAGAUAAUAUCUCCGCUGCCGGACUUGUGUUGCAAAUUUAAAGGUAUUUUAUGGGUACUCGAUGACUGACCAACAUUCCAGAACUGGAUAGCUAUAUUUCCGAUGCUGCGAAAAGGCUAUAUUGACAGAAACUGACAUGAUCUGAGCCAUAUUGUUGUUUUAGCUGUGUCCUUCAAGAACUCCUUGGUGGUUACCUCCCAAAUAAGAGAAGUACGGGCAGUGUUUUUUAUUAUUGCAGUUUACUCAAUGUGGGCUACAAAUCAUUUUUCAAUUACAAAUUCUCAGCAGUUUUUGUUCUACAGGGUUAAGGUUAAGUCUCAGUCUAUCUGCAGAGUAUUUUGUGUUCAGUUUUACACUGAACUGUCAGGUUGCUGCUCUGACGGCUCGAUCUAUAGUCUAAAUUCUGACAGC